AUGGACAAAUUGCCCUCAAACUUUCUCAAAAAUGGUGCAAAUGUGACUGAUAGGCUGACUGACAGUGCUGGUGUUGCGUCUCCUCGUGUGGAGCUCCUGCACAACAUUGACCCGCUGUAUGAGGACUCGUCUCCCUGUCCUGGAGGAGAGGGUGUGUUCCUGGAGGACUCUUUACACUCCUCGUCUUCAUCCUCCUCAUCUUCAUCGUCUGGUGUUUCUGCACAGUUCAACAUCUCCAUUCACGCCGCCAUUCGCUACAAGAACUGGAAACUGCUGACGGGUUACCCAGGCUGUCCGCUGUGGAUUCCUCCCCCUGGUGGUCGUCCGGUAAACGCGUCGGAGCCGCUGAAGCAGGUGAUGCUGUUCGACGUGGAGAAGGAUCCUGAAGAGCGGCUGGAGGUGUCGCACCAGCGGCCGGAGGUGGUGUCCUUCCUGCUGCGCCGCCUGCAGCUCUACCAGAACCAGGCCCAACCUAUCCACUUCCCCCCCGAUGACCCCCGCUGUGACCCGGCCACCACUGGAGCCUGGGGACCCUGGGAGUGAUCCUGGACACUGGAGAACCAAUCAGAUGGCUCCUCUGAUGCAGAACUGCUGUGUGUGUGUGUUAUGUGUUUGUGUGUGUGUGUGUGUGUGUGUGUGUGUGUGUUAUGUGUUUGUAUGUGUU